GAAAAUCUCUACCAGCUAAUGAAAGACCGGAAUAAAUUGUUUCCAGAAACCACUAUCAGAAAUAUCAUGUUUCAGAUACUUCAAGGGCUUGCUUUUGUACACAAAUAUGGGUUCUUUCACAGAGACCUAAAACCUGAAAACCUUCUUUGCAUGGGUCCAGAGCUUGUUAAAAUAGCAGACUUUGGACUAGCACGAGAGACGAGAUCAAGACCCCCUUAUACCGAUUAUGUGUCAACUAGAUGGUACCGAGCUCCUGAAGUGCUACUUAGAUCUACAAAUUAUAACUCUCCCAUCGAUGUCUGGGCUGUUGGCUGCAUCAUGGCUGAAGUUUAUACUUUACGACCUCUCUUCCCAGGCUCCAGUGAAAUAGAUACAAUAUUCAAGAUUUGCCAGGUUCUAGGGACACCUAAAAAGACUGACUGGCCUGAAGGCUACCAGCUUGCCACUGCAAUGAAUUUUCGUUGGCCCCAGUGUGUUCCUAAUAACCUAAAAUCAUUAAUUCCUAAUGCAAGUAGUGAUGGAAUCCAGGUUAUGCGAGAUAUGCUUCAGUGGGACCCUAAAAAACGGCCAACAGCUAGCAAGGCACUCAGGCAUCCAUAUUUUCAAGUGGGUCAAGCUCUUGGAACACCUCAAAGAAUUCAAGAGUUAACAAAACCACAGAGGGACAUCCAGGAGAAACCAAUUCCAUUACAUAUCAAACCUGUACCACCUGCUCAGCCUCCUCCAAAAUUUAAUGUUAGACUCUCAACACGAGCUCUCCAGCAAAGUCAGUCAAAUGGACAUCCUGUCAAAGUGAGUGCAUCCACAACAGAUUCUCUAGAAGGUUCACAAGAAAGAGGCUCCAUCAGCCACCCACUGCUACCAGCAAGAAGCAACCAACCUCCAUUUGUGAGUAACACAUUU